AUGGUAGCCCAUGUUAUGUGUUUAACCUCUACUGGAGGAAUUCCUUUAUUUUCUCGUCAAAAAGGAGAAGGAGAUACGAUGACAUUUUCAAAAAUAGCAUCUCUAUAUGGGAUACAUAUGUUUCUUAAAUCACAAAACAUUAAACUUUUAAAUACAAAUUUACCCGAUACUAUGAUAAUGUGGAAAGAGUUUGAGCAAAGUAUUACAUUAAUAGUUAUUGCAAGUGGAACUACUAAAUCUGUAUUGGAAAAAUUUCUUAAUGCUGUUUUCGGUGCAAUGAUUUUAUUUGUUGGUAUUGAAGAAUUAAAAAGUACAAAAAAUAUUGAAAAAUUAAAGAAAGAUAUCCGUUUAUGUAAUCCAAUUGUUGAUAGUUUAUUGGAAUGUCUUGAUGUUGGUGAUGGAAUUUGUUCAAAAACUGAUAUUAUCAAUAUGACAGAAUGUAUAAUGUGUCAAGAAAAUAAUUUAUUUCAGACAUGCUUAGAGGGUUAUAUGGAAUGUCUGGAUUCUAUAUAUGGAUGCAUUUUAAUACAUGGAUGUUUAGCAGUAGCUACAGAAGGAUGGUGGAAUUUAAAUCCCAUUGAAAGGAAAUUAUUAAUAACAGCUGUAAAUACAGAAGAUACUUAUACCACAAGAGACAUUCCAGUAUUUUUACCUUAUAAAAGUCCAAAUGUAGCUUUUAGAUUAGUAUCUAUUACAUUAGUCAAUCAAGUUGAAGUAUUAGCUUUAUGUGGACCAAAUCCAGAUUUAUCAGAGAUUGAAAAACUUGCUGUACAAUGUUGGAAGAAUAGUAUUGAUGCUUUACGCAAUGCAGAACAAUGCUACCCACGAAAUUUACCUUUAUCUAUAAAUCUAGAUACAGAAACGCUUGGAUUUCUUUUAACAAAUUAUAAAGCACAAAAAUUUAUUCUUGGUAAAAAUAUGCAAUAUGCAAAAAACAGAGUCAGUGGUUCUCACAGAUUGGAUAUAUUAAGAACAUUUUAUCAUCAAGCUGUUGAAACUUAUAUAUUAUCUUCAGAAUCUGAAUAUAAUUCAUCAGGUGAUAAUUGGAAAUUUAUGGGUGCAAAAGAAACUUAUUUAUGUUCAGAAUAUCAUAAAUGCUAUGCAGUUAAAGAUGGUGAUCAUAUACUUUGUAUUUUAUGUACCUCCACAGUUCCUACUCAUACAGUGAGAAUGAUUUGUCAAAAAAUGUUAAAAGCAUUACUUAUUGAUAAACAAGGAUGUUGGUAAAAAUUUAAUGUCAAUUUCUUUUUAUAAUACUCACUUUGUUAUAAUACACUUUUAUUAUUGUCAUAUUAACUGACUUUUAUAUUCUAAUACUAUUUUUAUUAUAAACAAAUAUUAUAAUAAUAAAUAUUAAAAUAGUAAUAAAUAUUAAAAAAAAUUAAUAGAAAUAAAGAUAUAAUAUGACAAUUAUUUGUAAAAUAAAUGAAAUUAAAUGUACUAUAUUAAGUAUAA